CGUAUCGUUAGUCAAUAUCAAUUGAACAGCAAGCGUACAAGCAUCGCGCGGAAUAUUUAUCAAUUUAAAUUGUUUAGUUUGCCAAUUAAAAAAUUUUAGUUGAGUUAGUUUUCCUGAAAACAUGAAACCCGAUAGCAUGUCCGAUGGAGCGGUAAAAAAAUACCAGUAUGCACCUCUCGCACAAGGAGAAAAAGGGACAAACCUUCAAAUUUCAACAGCAAAUAUCAAAAAAGAGUCGUUUGCACCACUUGAUAUCGAAGAGGCUUUGCAUCUGACGAAAUUUGGAAAGUUCAACUAUGUGUUGGUAGCUGUAACUGGUAUUUCUUUAGCUGCCGUAUUGAUCGAAAUGAUUGGAAUUAGUUUUGUACUGCCCGUAUCUGAAUGUGAUUUGUCAUUGACUACAAAAGACAAGGGAGUGUUAAGCGGUGUCGGAUUUGUUGGCAUUAUUGCCUCAUCCUUUCUGUGGGGCUACUUGGCAGACACAAAAGGUCGGCACAUUGUCAUAAAGUGGUCGUUAUUGCUAGCAUUUAUCUCUUCCGUUGCAUCAUCAUUUUCCAACGAUUUUUGGUCGUUGCUCGUCUUAAGGUUCCUAACCGGAUUCUUUGUUUCCGGUGGCUAUGGUCCAGCAUUCGCUUAUAUUGGUGAAUUUCACACGGAAAAGACCCGAUCACGGGCGAUCAUGUACGCAUCGAUCAUUUUAGGACUUUUUACCUUAGUCUUGCCACUGGUGGCAUGGCUCGUUAUUAACCAAGAUUGGAUGUUCGAUUUUCCUGCCAUACAAUUCACUUACAAACCGUGGCGAUUGUUUAUCGUUGGCUGUUCUACGUUAAGUUUAGUCGCCUUCCUAAUCAUGUGCAUUCUGCCAGAAAGUCCGAAAUUCGUCUUGAAUAAUGGCAACAUUGUGGGAGCUAUUGAAAUUAUUAAAACGAUACAUCGAUGGAACUGUGGGAAAAAUGCCGAUUUGGACCACAUCUACGGACUAUACGAUGAAACGGCUUCAGAUCAUGAACAGGAUGUGCGAAAGAGGACAUUAUUUGCAUCGAUUUGGUUCCAAAUCAAGCCUUUGUUUUUGCCACCACAUUUAAGGACGACGAUGUUAAUGUGCAUUUUAAAGUUUAUUGAAUUUGCCGGAACUAAUGGAUUAUACGUCUGGAUACCUGAAGUAUUAAAUCGUCUGGCCAAGAAUGACGUAGACUAUCCUGGCGAACGGAUACGUAUGUGUGAUGUUGUUUACAGGUACCGGCCGAACAUUACGUAUACGGACAAAAGCAUUGUCUUCUCACCGGAGAGCUGCAUUAUAAAAUUCGAAAUAGCCACAUAUGAGCAGACGCUACUGCUUGAAAUCUUUUACACCCUUUCGUUCGUAAUCCAGGCGCUUCUGAUUAAUAGAGUUGGAAAAUUUCCGUUACUUUUUGGAAUAACGGUUAUUGCCACAAUCACUAGCAUCUCAGCUAUGUACGUUGAAGUGCCCAAGUUAUCAGCUUACUUUUAUAUGCUACAAAUUCUGAUAGGAACAACUGACUCAAUUUUGAAUGCUGUAAUUGUCGAAUUAUAUCCAACAAAUGUGAGAGCAACUGCGAUGGCAAUUGGUUCCGUAUCAGGUCGUCUCGGAAGUGUGGUCUUUGCUUACGUAGUAGGCCUAUUACUAGACUAUCAUUGCUCGGAGGCAGUUGUGAUGACGUUCGUGUUAUACAUUCUUUGCGCAUUUCUAGAAAUUUUCAUCCCGAAUAUACAUAAGAGGCCUAAAAAGAAAACCGUUAGUACGGUUAGUGAAUGAAGCUUUAAAUCGAUCUGUAGUUUAAUUAUUGUAAAAGCAAGGAGCUGCCUUGAUAAAAGUAAAAAUAGAAAUUUC